AUGUAUAGUUGUUCGAAGAAUUUAGUUCAAACAACAAAAGUUCUUCUUGACUCGAAAUGCAACACAGAAAUCACUGAUUUCGAAGGAAAGACAGCUAUUAUUCAUGCAUGCUUAGGUAACUCCGCUGAAUGUAUUAAUUUGUUGAUAAAAGCAGGAGCGAACAAAGAAAGUGCUGAUAAAUUCGGAAGAACACCAUUGUUAAUCGCUAUGGCAAGUCAGAGUUUCGAUGCUUCUUACGCUUUGGCUCUGAAUAAAUGCGAAUUCCACGUAAGAGAUGUUCAAGGCGGAACUCCUUUCUUCUACGCUGUCUACUACAAAGAUACAAGACUGGCCUGCUACAUAAUGAACAACACAUUCGGAAUUGACGUCAAUAUGUUAGUUGAUGGAAAAGUUCCAUUGAUACAUGCAAUAGAAGGACACUCCCCUGAGAUGGUACAAUCAUUAUUGAAGCUAAACGCAAGACUAGAUGUCAGAGAUUCACAUGGUUUACCACCUCUUUGUUUGGCAGCAUCAAAUAACGAAAUUGACAUCGUAAAAGUGUUUUUGAAUCAAGAGAACUGCGAUGUCGAUGUAAAGGAUUUAAGAGGAUCAACAGCAUUGAUGCAUGCAAGUGCUUGUGGACACAUAGAAAUGAUCAAACUGUUAGUUGACUUUGGUGCGAAAUUGGAGGAAACAAACAUGGCUCUUUACACUCCACUGUUUCGCUGUUUCACAGGAACAAGUUGA